AGUGCACACAGGGAUACGGGAGUGGGGGAGGGAGCGGAGAGGCCUCCCCGGAGGAGGAUGGUCCCCUCGGUGGGGCUGCAGCUGCUGAGCCCACCCUGUACUCCGUCGAUUCUUUUGUCUCAAACUAUGCCAGAGAUGACAGAGAAAGCUCCUCUUAAGAAGCAGCACCGGAAGAAAAACCGAGAGACUCAUAAUGCAGUGGAGAGGCAUCGAAAGAAGAAAAUCAAUGCUGGUAUAAACAGAAUUGGUGAGCUAAUUCCAUGUUCCCCUGCACUGAAACAGAGUAAGAAUAUGAUUCUGGAUCAAGCAUACAAAUAUAUAACAGAAAUGAAAAAGCAAAAUGAUGAACUUCUGUUAAAUGGAGGAAACAAUGAACAAGCUGAAGAAAUAAAAAAACUCCGGAAGCAAUUGGAUGAACUCCAGAAAGAAAAUGGGCGCUACAUAGCAUUGUUGAAGGCUAAUGAUAUUUGCCUUUAUGAUGAUCCUACCAUCCAUUGGAAAGGAAAUCUUAAAAAUUCAAACGUUUCUAUUGUAAUUCCAAAUGAUCAGAUACAAAAAAAGAAAGAAAACCUGAAAAAUACAAAUAUUUCUGUUGUUAUCCCCAAUGAUCAACUGCAAAAGAAUAUUGUUGUAUAUUCCAAUGGCAGCCAGUUUGGUGGAAGUAACCAGGGGCCAUCUGUCCAGGGAAUAACUUUUAAUAUAGGACAUAAUUUACAGAAACAAACAGCUAAUGUUGUUCCUGUCCAGAGGACUUGCAAUACUCCUGCAACCAUUUCUAGUAUUUAUUCAACAGCAAUCAAAUCAGGUAUUCAAACUUCAGUUUCAUCAUUAGUAUCAGGCCUACAAAAUACAGAUAAAAAAACUCUUGAGCAAUCUACCUCUGAGAACAAGCAAGGCACAUCUACCUGUACUAGUGCUGUUGAUUCUGUGAAUACCUCGCAGCUAGUAAGAUUGCAGAGUGGAAAACAGAUUUCAUCACAAGAUGAGAAUGACAUCUCCAAAUCUAAAAAUAAACAAGGGAGUUUGAAGCCGAUUGAGAAAACAAGUGUACUAAGCCCCAGCCUUUCUUCCAGUGUUAGUAUAGAUGUACUUCAUUGUCAACAAGCAAAUAUACCAACAGAAGUGGGUUCAAGAAGUGGGUCUCUAGGAAGCUGUGUAACUUCUGCAGCUGACUCAACCUGUGCUGCAUCUAUUGGUGGAAAGACAUCUGCAGAAAAGGUCUUCAAAAGCCUAGAUAGUAGAACUCAAGAACGAGAAGCCCCAAAGGCUGUAACAGAAUUGAAUAUAGUGCCUGCUACUACUGCAGAGAAAUGGCCUUUUCCCAGUUCUUCAGGUGUUGGCAUUCCAGAGUCAAAAAGCAUUGGUAAUCUUAUGAGAAUCGCAUCAGCUGGAAAUACCCAAACCACUUGGACUACCUUGCAGCUAGCUGGAAGCACUGUUCAGCCUCUAAAUCAUACUCCAUCCAACAUAAUGACAACUCUUUUAAAUGAGCCAAUUAAUGGUGCUAAUAUUAUAGCUUCCACUCCAAACAAGAUUCUGGCCAAUGCUGCUGGUUUAAGUAACCCUCUAAUUCCAGAUGAUCACCCAGUUGACCAAUUGGUUGUUACCUUGCCAUCUCAUCCAUCUUUACCUAUUCAGCCACUAAUUAGUAAGACACAAACUAGAGCGCAGAUGGCAAGCAGUCUCCUUCCCGUGAAUCCAGCCAUGCAAGUGAUUCAAGUAUCUCAGCCAAUCACCACCCCUAUCAAUACAUCACCUAUUAAUCAGAACAUUGUAAUUCUCCAGCCUCCUAAUGCUAAUUCCUGUCCUCCAGUGCUGAGAGCUGAACUCCCAAAUCAGACCGUUAGCCAGCAGAUUGUAAUAAUACAAACUGCUAAUCCAAAUCCCCUCUCUUUUUUCUCAACACCAUCAGUUGUUAAAAUGCCUGUGAAUGGAACAAAUGCUGGCAAUCUUAUACAAAGUGCCUCUGGCCCUCAUAUGUUUGGUGGGAAACAUCUUGUUCAUAUUUUACCAAGGCCCUCCUCUUCAACAUCAUCUUGCCUGUCACAAACAUUUUCUGUUUCAAUGUCUAAUCAAAAGCUUCCACAGACCAUUUCUUUAAAUGGACAGUUGUUUGCAUUAAAACCUAUGAAAUCCUGUUCUGGAGAUUCAGAUCAAACCCCUAUGCAAAUUAUUCAGCCUACCACCAGUGAAGAUCCAAAUACCAAUAUUGCCCUAAAUGCAUUUGGUGCUUUAGCUAACCUCAAUCAAAGCAUAUCACAGAUGGCUGGCCAAAGCUGUCAACAAGUGUCUGGCAAUCCGUCUACCAACCUCAAAAUUGUUAGUAGCCAAAGCGCACCAAUAUCUCCUGGUUUGCUAACAGUGACAAUACCUUCCUCUUCAGCUGCUGAGAGUUCUAGAUUAACCUGUACUUCAUCUUCACUAGACAUUUCUCCUCCUAAAGCUGCUGGUUUGGGUUCAAAAUGGUCUAAUAAAAAUUCAGGAACUAAGAAAACUUCAAUCGCCAACAACAACCUUGCAUGUCAAGUAGAUCUUGAAAAAGAAUGCAAAAAAACUGAUAGGAAUGUGGCAAGUGCAUCUGAACAUUCAGGAAGUGACAUAUUGCUUGAAAAUAUGCCCGUUGUUUUGCAGUGCUUAGCUGUACCACAGGCAAACUGUAGAAUAUCAUCAAAUGAUAUGCAUGCUUCUGAUCCUCAUCCCAAAGAUAGACUGAGAACUGAACAGAACAUGGAAUCUACUCUGGCACCUGAUCUGAAUGCAGCUGGAGUGCCUAGGCCAUUGUCCCUGGAAUCAUCCUUAUUGGGACAAUAUGAGGUAGUUCCUGCAAUUUCCACAGACGGUGGUUCUCCACCUCUUCAAAUAUGUAAAUCUCAAACCAACUCAACAGCAAAUUCUAAGUUAUCAGAAAUAUCCAAAUGUAUAUCCACCAGUCCUUUACUACCAUCUUCUUCAGAUUCUCCAGUGACAAUUUCUCAAGUUUCUGAGACGUCAGUGUCAAACAGAGAAAUGAAUACAGAGAAUGUUCCCAGAACAGAGGUCUCAGAGAUCUGCAGGAUGGAACAAAAUUGUUCCAUUGUAAUGCAGGCCUCAGAUUUAUUGGAAGAACAGGGCCUAACCAAAAUGUUCUCAGAGUUUAAUAAAGUAGGUGAUGUACAAAAAUCCUUUUCAGAGCACCCCAGUUUUUGUACCCAAAGCACAAAAUCAAAUAUCAGCUCAAAUGAUAAUUUGGGAAGGAAACAAGAAGAACUCUUGCUGAUAAAUGCUGAAGAAGAAAACCUCACACGGUCUAAUUCUUGCACCUCCGAUCAGGAAGCUAUCACUGCUAAUAGGCAAGUAGACUCCCCCAUGUCAACUAGUUCAGGUAGCAGUUGUGGCUUUUCUGUUGCAUCCAUGUUGCCAGAUACAUGUAGGGAAAACGUUUCCAACAGCACUUUGGUGAACACACAUAGCACCUGCACAUUUUCAGAGCAAACAGAUAUUGUAGCACUAGCUGCAAGAGCAAUUUUUGACCAGGAGACUCUUGCAAAAAAUACAGGAACAAUGUCAGGAACCUCUAUUUCCAAGGGUAGUAAAGUAGCAUCUCUAGGAAAAGACCAACUAUUCAAAGCCCAUCCAGUUAAAAACACUAAUCAAAUGGAAACGGGGCCAAACAAUUUCAGUACCCAGAAUUCAAUGCAAAUAAACAUUGAGUUAUCUGCAGAGAAAAGUUGUUCUGUUAGACUGGAAAUGGCGGAUACAGCUUUGCAGAUUCCAACAGCACAACCGUCAAGUACCUCCAGCUUGAGUGUGAAUAAUCUCAUACAUCCAACAUGUAUCAUACAUCCUCCAGUAAGCUGCUCAGGUGUACCAUCAUCUUCAGAUCAAACAACUGUUUCUGUAUCUGGGACUCCAUCUGUCCCUGCUAAUUCAUAUAUGGCUCAGUCUCCAGGACAUUCUCCAAGGUUGAUGGCAGAGUAUCCUUCUGAACAGUUAUCUGCUCUUCAGACUAACACGAUGCAAGGUCCACAGAUAUGUGAACCACAUUUAAAGCAGCAAAGACAAAGCCGCAAAGAAUCAGCAAAGCGUUCUAUUCAAGAUGAUCACAUGCUUUCUACAUCAAAGAGGCAGAAACAUUGCCAGACAGCACCUCUACAGCUUGAAGACAUGGCUCUGUUGAAUCAAACAGCUGAUGAUAUUGAGGGUCAAAAUCAGAUCCGUGUGAGUCAGAUCCCCCCCAACUCAUCUAAUCUUGCAGUAUCAGUGAGUAGUCAAGGACAUACCAAUGGCCAUAGCAGGUUAUUUCAAGCCAGCAAUUUUGUGUCGCCUACUUCGAGGCAAGUUGAAGUUCAAUGUAAUUCUCAUCCACCUAUCCUUGAUCAAGCAGGACAGCAUCUGCAGCCAAUCCAACAUGCUCUCUCUCAGGGUAUGGCUCAUCUUCAGGUUAAUCACCCAUAUAUAAAACCACAGCAACAGCAGCCUGGACAGCUAAGAGAACGGCAUCAAUUGUAUCAACUUCAGCAUUAUAUUUCUCCUGCAGAAAGUUCUAUACACACUCAAACCCAUAUUGCUCAUCAGCAAAGAAUAUUGCAUCAAGAGGCACAGCUGCAGAAAAAGAGAGGUCUCAUUCAAGCCACUCAGCCCACCACACUUACUUUACAGCAAAAGCAUCAUGGAAAUGACCAAUCACGGUCAAAGAGUAGCCAGCCACACCCCCAUCACUCCCAGAUUCAACAAUUGCAGCAGCAUUACCCUUCUUCCCAACCUGACAAGAAUUGUGAGAAUACUGCUUUGAGUAGAACUCAUAGCCACCCACGGAGCCACCCAAGUCAGGACAUUCUGCAUCAGCAGUCAUCAGAUGUGGGCAGCAGACAACCAAGUUCUGGAGUUCCUCCUGAACAUGUCUCGGGACAUAGUCAGAUGCAUAGAAUGUUGACCUCUAGAGCUUUGGAGCAGCAGAUAGUGUCUCAACCUAGUAUUGUGUCUAGACCAGAUGUUUCCUGUCUCCCUCAUAGACAAGAAAGAAAUAGAGUUAGUAGCUACUCUGCAGAGGCACUUAUUGGGAAGUCUUCAUCUAAUUCAGAACACAGGCUCGGAGUGUCCAUGCAGAGCUUCAAAGUUUCAGAUCAUCUUGAAAUGAGAAACUAUGCUGAUGUAUCUAGGAAUAAAGAACUAGUAAUUCAUAAUACACAAAAUCGUGUAUCUGUAGAUCAUUCACUUGGAUCAGACAUUCAGAGACUCUCUGAGUGUCAAACAUUCAAGGUGAAUGCCAUUAACCAACAGCCUACAGGUAAUUUUGAUGUGCAAUCUUCAAGAAGUAAUGAAAUAAGUAACUCUCUCAGGGGUAUGCAGACACAGAGUUUUCGACUUGCCCAAAAUGCUGGACCACCAAUAGACAGACAAAAGAGAUUGUCUUAUCAACCAGUUCAAAGCAUUUCAACAGGAAAUCCUCUCCCUCCCCGAAGAGACAAUGAGAAUACAUGCCACCAAGGAUUCAUGCAAAGUUUACUUAUUCCUCAUCUUGGAGAUCAAGCUAAUGGAAACCAAAGACCAAUUUCAGAACAUCAGAGAAAUCCACAGUGUUCCAGUUCCUCAAAUAUUGAUUAUAAUUGUGCCCCAGCAAGAGAAAGUAUUCAUAUUCGGAGGGAAGGUGAUGAUCAGAACAGAGAAAGUUGUGAUAUGUCUCUUGGUACUAUUAAUGGUAGGAACAAUGCUUUAACUAUUCCCUUCUCAAGUUCUUCUGGAGAUAUUCAGGGCCGCAACUCAAGUCCCAAUAUUUCUAUCCAGAAAUCUAAUUCCAUGAGAAUAACAGAGAGCCAUGGAACAAAAGGUCACCUAAAUGCCUCAGCUUCUAGCAAUGUACAUGGAGCUACACGUCCUCUUCACUAUGCACCAGUCUCUCGUGGGAAUGCUGACCAGGUUCCUCCAUCUGUUCGUCAAACCAAUUCUUCAGCCACUGAUCGAUCAAGACAUCCUUUACAGGAUAAUGGUGGCUCUAAAAUUCGCCAGUCUGAAAGAAAUCGUUCUGCAAAUCAGAGGCAUGGGAAUGUGUUUGAACCUUCUCUUUCCCAACUCCCUUUAUCCACUGGUGGAGGAAUGAUCCUUGGGCGACAGCAGCCUACCCUUGAAAAAAGGAGCAGCAUUGUACGAUUCAUGCCUGAAGGGCCACAUGUCUCUCAUGAUAGUACAGCUGCUGAACAGCACACACUGUCUCAAAAUUUUGGAUUCCCUUUUAUUCCAGAAAGUGGAAUGAAUCCCCCAGUAAAUGCUAACACUUCAUUUAUUCCACCAGUAACUCAACCCAAUGCUACCCGCACAGCAGCCCUGAUUCCAGUUGAUCCUCAGAAUACAUUGCCGUCUUUCUAUCCACCAUAUUCUCCUGCACAUCCCUCCCUGUCUAAUGACAUUUCAAUUCCUUAUUUUUCUAACCAAAUGUUUUCUAAUCCAAGUACAGAGAAGCCAAAUGGUGGAGGUUUAAAUAAUCGAUUUGGUUCUAUUUUGUCACCUCCCAGACCAGUUGGUUUUGCUCAGCCAAGCUUUCCCCUUUUGACAGAUAUGCCUUCAAUGCAUGUGGCCAAUUCAUCACACUUGUCCAAUUUUAAUUUGACUUCUUUAUUCCCGGAAAUAGCUACAGCUCUUCCUUCAGAUGGAUCAGCAAUCUCGCCACUGCUCUCAAUAGCAAAUACAUCUGGUUCUGACUCUUUGAAACAAUCAUCAAAUCGGCCUGCCCAUAAUAUAAGCCAUAUUCUAGGUCAUGACUGCAGUUCAGCUGUGUGAAAAGAAUGGGAAGGGGUGAAUUUUUUUUUGAAUACCCAUUUUUAUAUGUGUAAUGCAUAUAUACUUGUAUAAACUUGGAUUUAUCAUUUGUAAAGAUUUAUAACAAUCAUUUUGGAAUGGUUUCAUUUGCAGGUCCUUGGAAAGUAACAUUUUACACAAGAUGUAUGGAGAAAAUUUAGGUUGCUUUUUAAAAUUGAUAUAAACAUCUCUGUGCUAUAAAUUCUUCAAUUUCAAUGUAAUGCCAUGCUUAGUUUCUGAUGACCUCUCUGAAACUGUAUGGAAAUCAUUGCUUCAUUUUCAAGAUUUCUAGUUAACAGGAAUAGAAAUAGUAAUGUAGCAAUUUCCUCCCACUUAAUAUAGAAUUUUUAUUUUUUUUGCCACUGAUUACCAUGUGCUUUCUCAGGUAUUGGGUUGAUUUUUGUUGUUGUUGUUUAAAACCCUCUUAGAUUUCCUUACCCCCUUUUUUUUUUACAUUUUUUUUAAAUUUAAUAAUAAGAAACUAGUAAUGUUGAUAUAUAAAAUGAACCAGAGUUAUAGAAGUCUGUAGGCAAACUGAUUACAUACAUAACACAAUUUUGUCAAGUUAGAGGGGGAAAAAAUCAGAUGGUAUUUAGUGGAAUUGUGGUCUUGAUAACAUAAGAUGAGAAUGAAAAAAGUCUGUCUUUCUGUCUGUCUCACACACAGACACACAUAUACACACACACAUACACAUACUUGAUUUAGCAUUCCAAAACACUGGGUAAAGCAACAAGGGAAUAUUUUUGUCAGGCUCAAAACAAUCCUAGUGCACCACUCUGAUUUAAAAAAAACACACACUAUUAUUGUUUCUAUUUGUCUCUCCACACAGCUGAUGGAAAAAAAUACGGUGACAUCAGUACAUUGUCUAAGAUAUUAUUCUGAUAAAUUGCUAAAUCUUUGUUUCUGUUUCUAUAAGGUCCUGUAAAGCAGCCCAAUUUGAGGGACAGACUUUGUUUUUGAUAGCAGGAAGAAAGAGAGUCUUCCUACAAUGAGAGUGGCCAGAGAUGUUUGCUCUUAAAAGUAUUCCCCUGUAUUUCCAGGAUUUACUGGGUUAGAGUUUCUGCAGAACAUGCUAACAAAUCAAAGAGUUCAUACAAAUAGGCCAGAUAGUUUAGUUUUACUUUUUUUUCUUCCCUCUUAUGAGUUGGCUAUUUCUGCUGUUUACAGAAAACAAAUUCCUGUAAUCAUAUUCCAAGGAUGGAAAAAACCAGGUACUCUUCUUAACCAAUUUAAAUGCACAGCACGUAGUGAGAAUGAAACAGUUGGAAGUGAAUUGGACAAAAAUAUAUUGACCGGCAGAGGAUACCAGUUUCUUGAAGAAAUUUUCUAUGCAAUAAUGUGUGCUUUUGUGAUUUCUGAGUAUUAAAUGUUUUUUUCUGAAAAUGUAUUGGAAGAGUCUGAUGCACAGAUGAAAAGAAAAUGCAAGUAAAUGGCAGAGUAUUUAAUUAAUAGGAGAACCCGUAUUCCCUUUCAUUGAGACAGUUGUGCAAAGAGGAAGCCUUGAUUGAAGAAUAUGAUAUUCUGCAUAUUGGUUUGUGUAACAAUUUUUAUGACAAGAGAUUAAAAAAAAAUUCAGACUUUCACUAUGUAUUCAUAUAAACCAAUAGCUACUUUCUGAGCAUUUAUCAGUAUUUCUUGUUAGAAUUUUUGGUAGAUGUCAGUAUAGACUAUUAUUAGUAUUUUUCAAGUGUAUUUUCAUGCGGAAAUAUAUUUUCAAUAUAUCUCUUGGUAUUGUCUGCAGUGAUAAAAUUGCUACUGCAGAUAAAUUACCUUAGUUUUGAUUAUUAACAAAGGGUUGUGUUUAGCAAAAGAUCAGCUCUCUAAUGAGAUUCCAUGCAUUCUGCAAAUCUAUUUUUUUUUCUUAUUUCAGAUAAUAGUGCCCUUCAAAAUAAUUUAAAAAUGGCAUGAAGGAAUCUUUAAAGAAUGCCUUUAACAUUUUGAAAUUAUUAAAAUGUUAGUAUUCUGUCAAUUUAUCUGAAACUAUUUCAGGAUUCUAACUUCAAAUUUCCCAUUGUAUGAUCUCAUAAAUUCUGUAAUCUUAUCAUAUUGUCUUAUUGACACGGAUGUGUUUUGAAGCUUCUCAUAUGCUAGAAAAGCUCAUAAAGCAUUGGGGACUUCUGAGGUUUAUAAACUCCAUUAGAUGUCAAUUUUGGGUGCAUGAGGAAUUGAUCUUUUCUUAUUACUAAGGUGCAAUAGAAUACAAUAGUGGCUGAAUCAGUGAAAAAACAGAAGCUAUAGAUCACAUGUUUAUAAUACCUUAGGAUUUCUGUUGGGUAUAGGUAGUCACACCUUAUUCUUUUAAUGGGAACAGAUAAAGAAAACUUCUUGUCACACUGCACAGGAGCCUAUAGGUUUAUGUCCUACAGUCAUACUUUUCUUUUGCUGCUGUCCUUCAUGACAGUUUCCUUGUGCACAUAGAAGAAUUGUCUAAGCUCCCUCCUGUUUUGAAAUUAAGAUGAUUGUGCAACACUUUUCAGCAAAUUAAGAAUGUAUGUUGUUGUGUGUUCUAUAAUAUUCUAUCCUCUACUUAAGGUCCCCCAGAAAUUUUCAAGAUCUUGAAGAUAAGCUUGUAAAGAAUGUUUAUUAUUGUAAAUAAGUUUUUUUUAUUUUGACAUCUUUUUACAAGUUGAAUGCAUUUGUAUGUAAAUACCUGCAACCUUGGAUUUUUUUUAAAAAAUUCAGAUUUUUAUUAAAUGUAAAAUUAUAUUGAUUGUAAACAUUGUAUAGAUAUAAACAAAAUAGUAUUUUAUUUUUAAACAUGUACAGUUUGUGCACUAUCAUUUUGUGUUCUGCUUGUGCUUUAUAAUUCUUCCCCUGCAGGAAAAACAAAAAGCAAAAGCAAUUAUCUUACAUUUAAAUACCAUACCCAAAGUUUAAGAUUGUAAUUUUUAAGAAGGUAAACAACUAAAAAGUCCAGCAAUUUUGUCCCACUAAUUUGUUCCAAUUUCAUUUGUCCACCUGCUCAGCCAUAGCGAGAACCUCAAAAUAGCCAGACUGAUUCUUGGACACAACAUAGAAUGUUAUCAAUAGUGGGUCAAAGCAUUGCUUUGGUUGCUAUGCAAGGACAGUGGUUUUCAGAUUUAUUGAUCAGCAACUUGUUUAGGGAUAGGGGAAGACAUUUGGGACUGCUACAUUUUUAGAAAAUGUGACUUGGGAGUACAGUGUAUUUAGGCUGUGUAAUGCUUUGGCUUGGGAGUUCCAAAAAGAGACCCAUAAUAGUGUUUUUCAAACAUGGCAACUUUAAGAUGCUAACUGGGAAUUCUGGGAGUUGAAGUUUAGGCAUUUUAAAGUUGUCAAGUUUGAAAAACACUGACCCAAAACAUGCAUUGGAAAAGAUAUGGUUCCUUUGCUGAAGUGCUACAUUAGGACUCCUGCACACCCUUGCACCCUUUUGGAAUAUGAUGCAGAAUGCCACCCAGGCACGCAUAAAAGACCUCUGGAUGGGAAAAAAAGUCUCCUUUGUUCUUAGAUUUCCUUUAAAUAUAGAGAAGGUUUAACCUAGCGAAAA